AUUUGCUUAUGCACUAUGUGUAUGACUUAUGCAAAAGUCUGUGCUGCGACCUUAACAGUGUCAAUGUCGUGUUCAGUCAUUAGUUCGCCAAGAUUAGCAGUAUUAGUACAAUUGUAUAAGAAUCGAAGUACAAAGCAUACCAAAGUGAUGAAAAUAAUAAUGUAAUAAAUGAUGUACAUACAAUUAAUCACUACAUGAUAUCAAAAUCAAACACAGAUAAAGUAUGGUAAUUAUAAAACGAUGCCGCUGGUUCACUGGAGUUUUGAGAUUGUUACCUCAGAAUACAUAUUCCAAUCUCAAGCUAUUAAACUACAUAGCUAUGAAUUUUAGGCCGUGUACAAAGAUUUAUAGUUCCUCCACAAUACAAUACAAUAAAUAUAAGAAUGAAACAAAUCCCAAUAUACAGAGGAAUACCUAUUCUUUGUUGAGGGUAGAAAAUAUAUCGACUCGUGUCAAGUUAGUAAGUUUACAACAAAAUAGAUGUUUAAGCAUCGCUGCAAAGCUAGUCAAUAAUGCCUCACCUAAAGUGCAACCAUACAUGAAGCUUAUGAGGAUAGAUAAACCAACAGGAAGCUGGCUGCUAUUUUGGCCUUGUGGAUGGAGUAUUGCAUUAGCGGCUCCUGCCGGUGCCAUACCAGAUCUAUAUAUGUUAGCACUUUUCGGUAUGGGUGCAUUUGUAAUGCGUGGUGCAGGAUGUACUAUAAAUGAUAUGUGGGAUCAGGACAUUGACAAAAUGGUAGUGAGAACGAAGGAUAGACCUUUGGUAACAGGUCAAAUAACGCCAAAACAAUCGCUAAUAUUUCUAGCUGGACAGUUGAGUCUGGGAUUGCUUAUAUUAUUACAAUUAAAUUGGUAUAGCAUAUUUCUUGGUGCCAGUUCGCUAGGUCUAGUAAUAAUAUAUCCUCUCAUGAAACGAAUAACGUACUGGCCACAAUUAAUUUUGGGAAUGACUUUUAAUUGGGGCGCUUUAUUAGGAUGGUCAGCUAUACAUGGAUCAUGUAAUUGGUCGAUCUGUUUGCCACUUUAUGUAGCUGGUAUUUGUUGGACUAUUCUGUAUGAUACGAUAUACGCUCAUCAGGAUAGAAUGGAUGAUAUUCGGAUAGGUAUGAAGUCGACCGCCAUAAAAUUUGGAGAAGACACAAAAUUUUAUUUAUCUGGAUUUGGAAUAGUAAUGAUUGCUAGUUUAAUUACCUCCGGUAUAUUAACUACUCAAACUUGGCCUUAUUAUACUGCCGUUGGAUUAAUUGCAGCGCAUAUUAAUAAUCAGAUAUAUACUCUAAAUAUUAACAAUCCUACGGAUUGUGUCAAAAAAUUCAUAUCCAAUCAAAACUUAGGCAUGAUAUUAUGUAUUGGGAUUGUGUUAGGAAACUUAAUGAAAAAAUCAAUACUGGAAAAAGAGAAUGAAGUCAAAGAAACAAGGCAUCAAGAUAUUGUACUGGAUGAAAUAAAAAAUAGACAUAAUUUAUAAUUCAGUAAGAAUUUU